UGACGGUGAUAUUUCAAAUGACCUCCGACUUUGUUGAAAAAUCUUCAUAUGAUCUUGAAAACAAGCACACUGAUAACGAGAAUAAAGAAAGUUGGCAAUACGUAAAAGGUUCGGUUGAAGAACUGGAAAUUACUGAAGAAUUCAACAACAGUAAUUUAGAUGAAUGCAUUCUUCCAAAACUCAGCAGAUCUGAUGUCAACUGGUAUCGUUUUAAAUUUCAUGAAAAUUUAUUUCUUAUUACUCUUAAAAAUGGUUAUCAUAAAACAUAUUCAAAAUUAUUUAAACUGAUUGAUUAUGAAAUGAAACAACAACAACAACUUAAUACACCAGGUACAUCAUCAUCAUCAUCUACACAAUGGUUUAAUCAACCUUUAACUGAACGACAUGAUUUACUUUGUGAAAUGAUGACACAUUUAAUGAAUGCAGAGAAUUUUCAUCGUUCUAAUCAAAUUGAAGAAGUUUACAAAGAAUAUUUAUAUUUGGCGGGAUUAUUUCGAUCCAAUAUUAAUGAUCAGUGGUUAUUAGAGAUUUUUUUGAAAAAAUGUUUAAAAAUUGCUAAUAAAGGUUAUGUAGCAAUGAAAAAUUUAAUAUCAAUUAAAAAAGAAAUCUAUAAUAUUGAUGCCACAGAAUAUGAUAUUUUAAAAGAAAUAAAACAAUCACUUAAAAAACGUUUAUUUGAAGCAAUUUAUCAUAAUGCUAUGUAUUUAAAUGAAACAGGAAAUUAUUCACAAUCAUUAAUACUUUUUAAAGAAUUACAACACAGAUUAGACAAGCAUAAACAUUUAUUGGAACCAUCAAUCAAUCCAUUUGAAAUAGAAGAAUAUAAUGAUAAUGAUAAUAAUAAUAAUAGACCAUUAUUGUAUAUUGUAUGUUAUGAACAAAUAUGUAAAAUAAUUUUAACUAUAUAUCAAUCAAAUAAUGAAGAUUAUCAAAUGAAUGAAUUACUGGAGAAUUUAAAUGAAGCAUUACAAUAUGCUGAACAAUCGGGAAAUCAAAAACUUGUAGCAUUAUGCCAUAAACAAAUUGGUCAAGUAUAUCAAUAUUAUAAAGAAUAUGAAUUAGCUUAUAAAUGUGCCGAAAAAUAUUUUCAAAUAAUUGACAGAUCUAAUGAUAUUUUAGAAAAAAUUGAAGCAUAUAAAUUACUUGGAAGUAUAAAUGAAAAUUCAUCAAAACUAGAUGAAGCUGAACAAAAUUACAUCAAUGUUGUUGAAUGUACAAAAUUAUUGAAUGACAGCGAUUCAAACAAAUUAGCUGAAGCUUAUGAAUUAUUAGCGAAAUUUUAUAUUUUGAAUACCACUCAAUAUGAAUUAGCCAAAUUAGCUUGUGAAAAUGGUUUAAAAUAUACACAAACUAAUGAAAGUUACAUUUAUAAUCAAUUGAAAUUUUGGUAUUCAAUGUCCAAAGCUAAAAUUAUGGAACCGCAUUAUUUAAAUGUUCUCGUAGCUGCACAAAGUAGUUCCCCUGAUAUUAUUGAUUUGAUAAAAUGGAAAGAUACACGUCAUAGCUUACCAGUAUUUGAUAAAGAUCAUUUUAUGGAAGUGACAUAUGACAGUUUCACCAAACGUCAAGAUGUCAUUAAUCAAACAAAUUCAACAGAGAAUUCAAAUCUUUGAUUCAAUAAACUUUCUAUUUUUAUUUUUUGUAAGUGUUUCUCUAAAAUAAAAAAAUUUCUACCACCAAAAGAAAAGAGGCAACAAAAUAGAACAGAGGAUUGUAGUGUAUGUACAAAUAAUGUCAAGCCUAUAGGGCUUGUCCUGUAUAAUGAACAAACAACCUUGUCUAUUGUUGGCUUAUGAUCUUGGUUGGUCUUAUUUGAUGGCUUAGAUGCAUGCUUACUUAGAUUACAUCUGUCUGACUAUACACCUACUUAGUCAUUUGAUAUUGCAUUCAGUUGGUUCGCUGGCUUUCUGCACCUCAGCUUUGCUUGUAUGCUUUUUAUAUUCUCAUGUCUGCCUGUAUAUGAAAUAAAUAAAUUCAUCCAACCGAAGUUGUAUUUCGGUUCACAUUACUGUCAUCGCACAAACAGGGUUCAUUCAACGGAAAUUAGAUGAAAGAUUUAUUUCACAGCAUAGUCGAUCGUUCGCCCAAGUUGGAGUCAGAUCGCCGACCACUAAAGUGUCAAGCUUUACUUAAAAAAUAAUGCAGCCAUUAAAGAUUUCUCAGAUUAAUUUAUCAAUGUACUGAAUAGAUUCUCUUGAACAAUUUUAAAAAUAAAAGUUUUAAAA